CAAAUGUGAAUGUGAUCGAAUAAAGCAUGUGCUUUGUGAUUUGUUUUAGCGACAGAAACGAGGCACGAAUUUCACAACUGAGACGCAUUUAACAUUUAUUGCGGUCGGUUUUCAAGUCUUUUACUGAAAUUUUUCCCAAAUAAAAUUUGCUUUGUUGAUCAAAAGUUUGACGGCUCGUUGUGUAUUUUGAGUGAAAUCCAACAUGUUUCUCAGUAAAUUACGACUGUUGAGCGCAGUCUACCACAGAAGCAAUGUGGUGCAAGAGACAAUACGCAAAAGUAAAAUCAACUUUCCGGCAAUUUCGGUAAGAACAUACGCACGUUUCAUCGAUGACGAUGAUGAUGAUAUGCCGAUACGACAAACCAGAGUUGAACGCAGAGAACCAAGAUCAUCAUCAUUUGGAGAACGAAAACCACAACGUGAGUCAUUUGCGCAACGCAAUUCAUUUGGUAACAAUUCAUUUAACAACAAUCGACCACGAUUCCAAUCGCAAAGAACGCAAUCGUUCAACGAUGGAAUUCAAAAGUUGAGACCGCUUCAUUUUGAUGCGGCUGAAUUGGGCGAGCUGAAAAAAGAUUUCUAUCAGCCAAGUGAAGCUACCAAAAAUCGAACCGACGCAGAAAUUGAGGAGUUCCGUGCGAAACAUGACAUUUUCAUUCCACGCGAUGCACCAAAACCGAUUUUCACUUUUAAUGAGCUGCAAAAUUUGCCACCAAAUGUGGCCAAGGAAAUUCAAAAACAAAACUUCGAUGAAUGUACUGCAAUUCAAGCACAGGGCAUGCCAAUCGCUUUGUCCGGAAAUAAUAUGGUUGGAAUCGCUCAAACUGGAUCUGGAAAAACACUAGCGUACACCGUGCCCGCCAUUAUUCAUAUUCUGAAUCAACCGAAAUUGCAGCCAGGAGAUGGACCAAUAGCCUUGGUGCUUGCACCAACUCGUGAAUUGGCCCAACAAAUCCAAAAGGUGGCCAAUGAAUAUGGUGAAUCAUCGAAUAUCCGGAACACAGUCUUGUAUGGUGGCACAGCCAAAGCCUUCCAACUUUCAGACAUUCGACGAGGUGUUGAGCUGGUCGUUGCCACUCCGGGCAGAUUGAUCGAUUUGCUUUGCACAACAAGUCUUAACUUGCGUCGAUGCUCUUAUCUUGUUCUUGAUGAAGCCGAUCGUAUGUUAGACAUGGGAUUUGAGCCCCAAAUGCGACAAAUCGUAUCGCAAAUCCGACCUGAUCGCCAAACGCUGAUGUGGAGCGCCACUUGGCCGCGUGAAGUACGAAAUCUUGCUCGAGAUUUCUUGGGAGACAACUAUACCCAAUUGACCGUUGGAUCAACCGAACUGUGUGCCAAUCACAAUAUCAAGCAAAUCAUCAAAGUUUGCGAAGAGAAUGAAAAAUACGACGUUUUGCUCGACAUUAUUACAGAUAUCCAAAAGCUCGGUGCGAACGAACAAAAAACCUUAAUCUUUGCACAAACCAAAAGAUUGGCCGAUGAGCUUUCAAACCAGCUGAAUCGCCGGGGAUUCAAUGCAGAACCCAUUCACGGUGGCCGAUCACAAUCGCAACGUGAGAACAUUUUGGAUGCAUACCGAAGGAACAGAAUUAAUGUGCUUGUGGCCACCGAUGUGGCCAGUCGAGGUCUUGAUGUGAGCGACAUUAAACAUGUUAUUAACUUUGACUAUCCAAACACCACAGAAGACUACGUUCAUCGUAUCGGCCGAACGGGUCGCUCCAAAUCAAAUGGCACAGCCUACACAUUGUUCACUGAAGAAAAUGCUGCUCACGCCAGCGACCUGAUAGGCGUUCUUGAAGAAGCCAAACAAGAAAUUGACCCAGCUCUUAUUCAACUGUCGAAAAUUCGAUUCGGCAAAAAACAAAAGUUCAACACUUAUCGCGACUUUUAAGAUCAAUAACAUUAGAUAAUAGACUAUCAAAAUUAAACAAUAUGAUGCUACCAUUGGAUGCCAUUGUAUUAUUCCUAUGGAUGCUAGAUACAUUUAUAAAUAUCGAAGGAAUUGAAAUGCUUCUUCAACAGUAAAA